GCGACUGACACACAACCAUGGUGCAUCCGGAUUCUCCUCAGAAGUGAGACUUUCCAAAGGACCAAUGACUCUGUUCCUCAUGCCCUUUCAGUUUUUCCUACUCCGUAGCUAUGUCUCGAUCUCGCCAUGCAAGGCCUUCCAAAUUAGUCAGGAGAGAAGAUCUAAACAAAAAGAAAAACAGCCAACUGAAGAAGGGAUCUAAGCCAGCCAACAAAAAUGUGGCGACAGUCAAGACUGUGAGCCCUGGAAAAUUAAAGCAAUUAAUUCAAGAAAGAGGUGUUAAGAAGAAAACAGAACCCAAACUGCCUAUGCCAGUCAGAAGCCUUCUGACAAGAGCUGGAGCAGCACGAAUGAAUUUGGAUAGGACUGAGGUUCUUUUUCAGAACCCAGAGUCCUUAACUUGCAAUGGGUUUACAAUGGCUCUCCGAAGCACCUCUCUUAGCAGACGACUCUCCCAACCCCCAGCGGUCAUAGCCAAACCCAAGAAAGUUCCACCUCCUAAGAAUCUAGGAAAGCAACAUGAGUGUGAUUAUAAGGUACUUACUGACAUGGGAGUAAAGCACUCAGAAAGUGAUUCAGUCCCAGUGCAAGACCCCUCAAUCCCUCCUGAUAUAGAGAAUCUAAUUGGCAUACAAAAUGCAUCAUUAAUAAAAGACGAGAGCCAAGAGACAACCCAGUCUUGGUCCCAAAGUGUGGAGGAUUCCAAAAUAAAUCUCUCUAUUCAUAGUGGCCCUGCAGCAGAGGUUCUUUCUGGGUCAUUGGAAGGGACACGUGGUGGUGAAGGACUAUUCUCUAGAGAGACAUUGAAUGAUAUCAGUGAUUCCCCUAGAAUGUUUGCUCAGGACACUCUCUGUGUUCCUUUGCUCCAAAAAGCAGCCCUCAGGGUAACCUCUGAAGGAAACCCCAGCAUUCAGUUAGAAGAUUUGGGUUCACGAGUAGAAUCUCUUAAGCUAUCUGAUUCUUACCUGGAUCCCAUCAAAAGUGAACAUGAUUGCUGCCCCACCUCCAGCUUUAAUAAGGUUGUACCUGAAUUGGACCUUAGAAACUAUUUGUCUAUUGGUGGGUCAAUGUAUCCUACCUCAUUAAUAAAACUCCUCUUGGCAGGCUCAGAACACGUAACCCUUGGUGCUAAACCAGACCAUCAAGAGGUACUCAAAUCUACCCCAGAUGAACAGGAAGUUCCUGAUACCAUCCCUGUCCUAGGACAGGCCUUUAGUGCUGUCCCACAUCAAUGGGAAGUUCCUGGUGCUAACCCAGUUCAUGGAGAGCCUCUGGGUGAGACCCCAGGCCCACCAGAGAUUCCUGGUGCUAUUCCAGUCCAAGGAGAGGUCUUUGGUGCUCUCUUAAAUCAACAAGUCCUGGGAAUAGUUGGUGGUACUGCCUCAGACCCCGAUAUCUUUCUUCCUGCUCCUCUUAACCCAAUUGCUACCUGUAAUGCUUUCCCAGAAUGGCCUGAGGCCCAGAGCACUGUUUCAUCUGGGCUUGAGGUCCAGGGCACUAUGCAGAUUUUGCCUUCGGGCUUAGGUCACACUCCUCAACCAUCAUCAAACUCAGAGAUAAGUUCGGUACCUCCCGCAAUGGCUAUAAACAAUAUAGAAAAUAAGAAGAAGGUUCAUAUAAGCUUUCUGCCAGCUAACACUCAGGGGUUCACAAUAGCCCCUGAGAGAGGACUCCACCAUGCUUCACAGGGCAUUGUCCACCUCUCCCAGGCCAGUCCUAGCAAAUUGGAAGGAGGGAGCUCCCAGAUCAGUGCCACCAGCAUGGUUGACAUCAACACCACAGUGGUGUCUAGGCCAGUGUCACUUGUCAGUACCUCCUCUUCUCCUUCCUACACAACUUUGCUACCUACUUUGGAAAAGAAGAAACGAAAGCGAUGUGGGGUCUGUGAGCCCUGCCAGCAGAAGACCAAUUGUGGUGAAUGUACCUACUGCAAGAAUAGAAAGAACAGCCAUCAGAUCUGUAAGAAGAGGAAAUGUGAGGAACUGAAAAAGAAGCCAUCCAUCAUUGUGCCUUUGGAGGUUAUAAAGGAAAACAAGAGGCCCCAGAGGGAAAAGAAGCCCAAAGUUUUAAAGGCAGAUUUUGACAACAAACCAGUAAAUGGCCCCAAGUCAGAAUCCAUGGAAUACAGUAGUUGUGGUCAUGAGGAAGAAAAAAGAUUGGAAUUAAAUUCAUGUCCCUUAGAAAAUGUAACUAAAAAUGAAGAAAGUAUGACAGGUAUUGAAGUGGAAAAGUGGACACAAAACAAGAAAUCACACUUAACUGAUCAUGUUAAAGGAGAAUUUAAUACAAUUAAAACAGAAGCUGAAAAUUUGAAAAGCUCUGAAGAUGACAGGAAAAAAAUCCUACUUACUGACCUCCUUGAACCUCAAAAGUUGUUUGCACAAACUGUAAGAAAUGGCAUUAAAAAUGUACACUAUUUGCCAACUGAAACAAAUUUGUCUUUUAAAAAAAUCAACAUUGAAGAACUUGGGAAGGCAUUUGAAAACAAUACUUAUAAAUUCCUGAAAGAUACUGCAAACCAUAACAAUGCCAUGAGCGCCAUUGCUACUAGUGCGAACUGUGAUCAUCUCAAGGGGAGAAGUAAUGUUUUGGUCAUUCAGAAGCCUGGCUUUAAUUGUAAGUCUUUUCCAGAUCCUGCAAACUGCAACUUAAAUAGUCAUACUAGUAUACACAAUGAAAGUGAUCAACCAAAAUCCCUAGAAAUUAUAACAAAUAGAGAACUGAAAGAAGGAUCAACACUUCAACCAAGUCUUCUAUCCCUAAUGAAAGAUAGGAGAUUAACGCUAGAACAAGUAGUGGCCAUAGAAGCUCUAACACAACUUUCAGAAGCCCCAUCAGAAAAUUCCUCACCAUCGAAGUCAGAGAAGGAUGAAGAAACAGAACAGAGAACAGCUAGUUUGCUUAACAGCUGUAAAGCUAUCCUGUAUUCUGUAAGAAAAGACCUCCAAGACCCAAAUUUACAAGGGGGGCCACAAAGCCUUCAUCACUGUCCAUCUCUGGAAAAGCAAAGUUCAUGCAACACAUUGAUGUUCAAUGGCCAAAAUAUUUCUAAGUCACACAACAGCUCAUCUAGUGACCAAGCAUCCACAAAGGCACAGGAAUAUUCAACAGUCUCAAAUUCAGUAUCUGUUUUUAUACCAAAUUCAAAUUCAUCUAAAACCGAUACCAAUAAAAAUGUUGCUCAAGGUAGAACUGCUCUUGACAGUUCCAAAAAUUUGCAUCAGUUGACAGCAACAACUAAUAAAUUGGAGUAUUGUAACCAGUCACUGGACAGUAGCAUCAAGUUGGACUCAAAGGAUGAUCCCUCAUGUCAAGAUACAGUUCAUAGUAAAAUAGAAGAAGAUGUUGCUGCACAGUUAACACAACUUGCAUCAAUAAUUAAAUUCAAUUGUAUAAAACCGGAGGACAAAAAUGUUGAAAGUACACCAACAAGCCUUGUUGCAUAUAAUGUACAGCAAAACUAUAGCCAGGAGAAGGGCACAAUAGAGCAUAAACCACCUUCCAGUGUACAAAAUAAUCAAGGACCUUCAGUAACAAAGCAAAAGAACACAAUCCAGAAAAAGACAAAAUCUACCCCAUCCAGAGAUCGACGGAAAAAGAAGCCUGUGAUCAUAAGUUGUCAAGAAAAUGACCAGAAAAAACGGGAACAGUUGGCAUAUGAAUAUAGUAAGUUACAUGACAUUUGGAUAGCAUCUAAAUUUCAAAGAUUUGGUCAAUUUGGUCCACAUGACUUUCCUAUUCUAUUGGGAAAAAUUCCUCCCCUAACCAAAGUAUGGAAACCACUGACUCAAAGGAGCUCAGCAUUAGAACACAAAAAAUUAUUUCCUCCACUCACUCAAAUAAAAUUUGAGCGGUAUUAUCCUGAAUUAGCCCAGGAGAAGAUGAAGGUUGAACCCUUGGAUUCUCUCCCCAUAAUCCAGUUAAAAACAGAAUCCAACGGACAGGCGUUUACAGAAAAUGGAUAUGCUCAGGUACAGCCAACAGUGAAUGUCAAUCAGAAAGCUCAUCCUUUACUCCAGCCAACCUCUCCAACUAACCAGUGUGCUAAUGGGAUGGCUGGUAAUGAUCAAACACAGUUCCAACAGGAUGUUAAAGACCAAGUCACACAUCAGAGGCUGCCGACAUUGCCUGGUAUCUCUCAUGAGACCCCUUUACCGGACCCAGCACAAAUUCUCAGGAACCUAAAUGUAGUAUGUUCAGGUGGAAUUACAGUGGUUUCUACCAAAAGUGAAGAGGACGUCUGUUCAUCUAGUGUUGGGGCAUCAGAAUUUUCCCCAAUAGACAGUGCACAGAAAAGUUUUAAUGAUUAUGCGAUGAACUUCUUUACUAAUCCUACAAAAACCCUGGUGUCCACAACAAAAGAUUCUGAAUUGCCUACCUGCAACUGUCUUGAUCGAGUUAUACAAAAAGACAAAGGCCCAUAUUAUACACACCUUGGGGCAGGACCAAGUGUUGCUGCUGUCAGGGAAAUCAUGGAGAAUAGGUAUGGUCAAAAAGGAAACGCAAUAAGGAUAGAAAUAGUAGUGUACACGGGGAAAGAAGGAAAAAGCUCUAAUGGGUGUCCAGUUGCUAAGUGGGUUUUAAGAAGAAGCAGCGAUGAAGAGAAAGUUCUUUGUCUCGUUCGACAGCGUGCAGGCCACCACUGUCCAACAGCUGUGAUGGUGGUGCUCAUCAUGGUAUGGGACGGCAUCCCUCUUCCAAUGGCUGACAAAUUGUACUCGCAGCUUACGGAAAGUCUAAAGUCAUACAAUGGUCAUCCCACAGACCGAAGAUGCACUCUCAAUGAAAAUCGUACCUGUACAUGUCAAGGAAUUGAUCCAGAGACUUGCGGAGCUUCCUUCUCUUUUGGCUGUUCUUGGAGUAUGUAUUUCAAUGGCUGCAAAUUUGGUAGAAGCCCAAGUCCUAGAAGAUUUAGAAUUGAUCCAAGUUCUCCCUUACACCACUACUAUGAAAGAAUUACUAAAGGACGUAAUCCAGAAAGAAGAUAUAUGAAACCGGAACCAAUCUGUCCGGAACACGAGGCCAUGGAAAAAAACCUUGAAGAUAAUUUACAGAGUUUGGCUACAGAAUUAGCUCCAAUUUAUAAGCAGUAUGCUCCAGUUGCUUACCAAAACCAGGUGGCGCUUGAACACGUUGCUCAAGAAUGUCGGCUUGGCAAGAAAGAAGGUCGUCCUUUCUCUGGGGUCACUGCUUGCCUAGACUUCUGUGCCCACCCCCACAGGGACAUUCACAACAUGAAUAAUGGGAGCACGGUGGUCUGCACUUUAACACGAGAAGAUAACCGCUCAUUUGGUGUUAUUCCUCAAGAUGAGCAGCUGCAUGUACUUCCUCUUUAUAAACUUUCAGACACAGAUGAGUUUGGCUCAAGGGACGGAAUGGAAGCCAAGAUCAAAUCUGGGGCCAUCAUGGUCCUCGCACCCCACCGCAGAAAAAGAACACGAUUUACUCAGCCAGUUCCUCGUUCUGGGAAGAAGAGAGCAGCGAUGAUGACAGAGGUUCUCGCACAUAAAAUAAGGGCUGUGGAAAAGAAAUUUAUUCCUCGAAUCAAGCGGAAGAAUAAUUCAAUGACAAACAACAGUAAGGCUUCAUCGCUGUCACUUUUAGGGAAUAAAACAGAGACUGUGCAACCUGAAAUAAAAAGUGAAACUGAACCCCACCUUAUCUUCAAAGGUUCGGACAACACUAAAACCUACUCACCGACCCCAUCCAUUCCUCACCCAGUGAAAGAGGCACACUUAGCUCCAGGCUUCUCCUGGUCCCCUAAGACUGCUUCGGUCCCAACAGUUCCUUUUAAGAACGAUGCAUCAGUUUCGUACGGGUUUUCAGAAAGAGGUAGCAAUCCCCACUGCACAAUGCCUUCUGCAAGACACAGUGGUGCUAAUGUAGCUGCUGGGGAGUGUGCUGAAACUGCACAGCCUGGUGAAAUGGUUCCUCUUUCCACCUUGUCUACUCCCAUGACAGAUUCCCUGGCUUAUUCUGAGCCUCCCACUGGUCCAUCUGAGCAGCUAACUUCUGAUCAGCCAAACCAGCAGCCCCCAUUCAUCCCUUCUCCUCAUGAACUUGCUUCUUCUCUGGCGGAAGAAGAUGAGCAGCAUUCUGAAGCAGAUGAGCCUCCAUCAGAUGACCCCCUAUCAGACGACCCCCUGUCACCUGCUGAGGAGAAACUGCCCCACAUUGUUGAGUAUUGGUCAGACAGUGAGCACAUCUUCCUGGAUGCCAAUGUUGGUGGGGUGGCCAUAGCGCCCGCCCACGGCUCUGUUCUGAUCGAGUGCGCCAGGCGAGAGCUUCACGCCACGACUCCUGUCGAACACCCCAACCGGAAUCACCCUACACGCCUGUCUCUUGUCUUCUACCAGCACAAAAACCUGAAUAAGCCCCAACACGGUUUCGAACUAAACAAGAUUAAGUUCGAGGCGAAAGAAGCAAAGAAUAAGAAAACUAAAGCCUCCGAGCAGAAAGACCAGGCAGCUAACGAGGGUCCUGAACUGUCCACUGAAGUUAAUGAAUUUAACCAGAUUCCUUCCCACAAAGCGUUAACAUUAACCCAUGACAAUGUUGUCACCGUGUCCCCUUAUGCUCUCACACAUGUUGCGGGGCCCUAUAACCAUUGGGUCUGAAGGCUUUUCUCCCCUUCUUAAUGCCUUUGCGAGUGCAGUGUAUUUUUUCAAGGUGCUCUUAAAAGAAAGUCAUGUUGUCGUUUACUAUAUCUUCAUCUCACCCAUUUGAAGGCUGAGGUAAAAAAAAAAAAAUGGGGGGUGGGUAUUUCUUAACUGUGACUAUAUUUUGACAAUUGGUAGAAGGUGCACAUUUUAAGCAAAAAUAAAAGUUUUAUAGUUUUAAAUACAUAAAGAGAUGUUUUGGUUAGGUGUUAACCUUGGUAGAAUCACUCAGUUUGGUGCUUUAAAUUGUUUACUAUGAAACGAGUCGUUUUUAGAGGAUUUUAACAGGUUCAUGUGCUAUGAUGUAAAAUUAAGACACACAGUGUUAACUCUACACAGCUUCUGGUGCUUAACCACAUCGACACAAAAAUAAGCUGAAUUAUUAUUUCAUGGUGCCAUUGUUCUAACAUCUUCCAAUCAUUGCUAGGAACUCGGCAUAUUCCUUUGAAAUAAACCAAUGAAAUGCUUUCUCUCUUAA